ACCGCGUCACAGGGAUUUCAUACAGAUCAGUGAACACCAGAAUAAACACUUCAUUUAGACAUUAGGCUCUGCCUCCACUAAAAUACACAGAGCCAAUAGAAAAAGAAAGCCUACUUCGUGUGUCUUUUAUAUGUUCCAGCUUUGGAUGAUGGUAUAUUUCGUCUCUUGUGUAAGAGCAGGUAAACACACACGCCUGCAGCUACACUCUUUCACUUCUGACUGACCGACCGUCUGUCACACGGAGCCUCUGUCGCUGAACCUGUGCCUUCAGUCCCGCGAGGACAGACACUGAAAAAUUUCGCAAUGGGUGAGUAGACCGAAGUGUGGGCGUAGCUGUUCAGUGGAGCAAGAUAUCACAAGCAUAGUGUCCACAUUCUCACAAAAUAGACAAUGGGCAAAGCCGAAGAUGAGAAGAACCAGACAGGACGGCUAUUUGAGAACUUUGUUCAGGCCACUGACUGCAAAAGCACCCUGCAGGCCUUCAAUAUCAUGUGCGGUUACCUUGAGCUUGACCCUCUGGAGCACAGCAGCUUCUACAGCGGCCUGAAGAGCACGGUGACCAGCUGGAAAGCCAAAGCCCUUUGGAGUAAGCUGGACAAGAGAGCCAGCCACAAAGAGUACAAGAAUGGCAAAGCCUGUGAGGGCAUUAAGUGCUUGAUAAUUGGAGGAGGCCCCUGCGGCUUGCGGACUGCCAUCGAGUUAGCUUUCCUCGGAGCCAAAGUGGUGGUGAUAGAGAAGAGAGAUACAUUCUCCAGGAACAACGUCUUACAUCUCUGGCCCUACACCAUUCAUGACCUCAGGGCUUUAGGAGCCAAGAAGUUCUAUGGAAAGUUCUGUGCUGGAGCAAUAGACCACAUCAGCAUUCGGCAGCUCCAGCUCAUGCUCCUGAAGAUCGCUCUGCUUCUGGGUGUGGAGUUUCACGUAAAUGUGGAGUUCAUCAAGCUGGUGGAGCCUCCAGAGGACCAGGAGAAUGGAGGGCCGGGCUGGAGGGCAGAGAUACGGCCUGCGGAUCACCCUGUGGCCGACUUCGACUUUGAUGUUGUGGUGGGAGCUGAUGGGAGACGAAACUCUUUAGAAGGAUUCAGGAGAAAGGAAUUUCGUGGCAAACUGGCCAUUGCCAUAACGGCAAACUUUAUCAACAGAAACACCACCGCUGAGGCAAAGGUGGAAGAGAUAAGUGGAGUUGCCUUCAUCUUCAACCAGAAAUUUUUCCAGGAUCUCAAACAGGAAACCGGGAUUGAUUUAGAGAACAUCGUCUACUACAAAGACAACACGCACUACUUCGUCAUGACAGCUAAGAAGCAGAGCCUGCUGGACAAGGGUGUCAUCAUUCAUGAUUAUAUCGACACUGAGGCUCUGCUGGACAGUGAGAAUGUGAACCAAGAAGCUUUGCUGGCAUACGCACGAGAGGCAGCCGACUACUCCACCCACUACCAGCUGCCCACGCUGGACUACGCCAUGAACCACUGCGCGCAGCCUGAUGUGGCCAUGUUCGAUUUCACCAGCAUGCACGCGUCCGAAAGUGCGGCUCUCGCCCGGGAGAGGUUUGGUCACAGUGUGCUGGUGGCACUAGUGGGAGACAGUCUUCUAGAGCCCUUCUGGCCUAUGGGGACCGGCUGUGCCCGCGGUUUCCUGGCGGCCUUUGACACGGCUUGGAUGGUGAAAAGUUGGGCGCAGGGUACAAAUCCACUCGAGGUGCUGGCAGAAAGGGAGAGUCUGUACCGAUUGCUACCUCAGACAACACCUGAAAACAUCGCCAAAAACUUUGAUUCGUACACCAUAGAUCCAGGGACACGCUAUCCCAACCUUAAUUCAAACUGUGUGAGGCCCCACCAGGUCCGCAACAACUAUUUCUGUGGAGAGAUGAAGUCAUGCUCUCUGGAGCGGGCCGCCACGAUACGCCGCCCGGUCAACUUGGCCAGAAGAGAGUCUGAGAUCAGGCCGAGUCGGUUACUGACGUGGUGUCAGAAGCAGACGGAGGGCUACAGGGCUGUGAAUGUGACUGACCUCACUUCCUGCUGGAGCAGUGGUCUGGCUUUCUGUGCUCUCAUACAUCGCUUCAGACCACAGCUCAUCGAUUAUGACUCUCUGAAUGAGCAAGACUGUGCCAGAAACCUUCAGCUGGCAUUUGAUGUGGCAGAGAAGGAGUUUGGCAUUAAGCCUUUCAUCACAGGGAAAGAGCUGGCGGCAGGUCAGGAGCCGGACAAGACCAGCAUGUGCAACUACCUCUCCAAGAUCUACGAGCUCUUCAGGGGAACGCCUCUACCUCCCUCAGAUUCAAAGCCAGAUGGUGAUGCAAAUAAUGAAAAAUGUCCAUCGGGUCCUCCCAGACCUGCUCAGAGUUUACUUCAGCCUCGUAAACGCAUUCCCAAGGUCGGAUACAAUGGGGUACAAAAUGAUAAAAAUGUUGAAGAAAAUGAUGCCGUAUACAAGAGAAGACGGAAAAUUAAUUACUUAGAAGAGACAACCAGAUCCUUCAAUCAGAGCUCUUCUGUAUCUAGUGAGGGGCGGGAACUGAAAGAAAACAAGGUCAAGUUUAUAGCCUCUCAGCUUCUAGCAAAAUUUGAAGACAGCACUGCAAGCUGCUCUAUUCGCAGACAGCCUUCCAUCAAAAGAGAAUUUCAGAGUCUGGGAGAUGUGUGUCAUGCGUGUAAGAAACGUGUGUUUGCAGUGGAGAGGCUCAGCGCGGAGGGUUUCCACUUCCACAGGGAAUGUUUCCGCUGUCAAACCUGCAGAGCUCCGCUGAGCCAGGGAAGACAUUUCUUCGAUCCAGAGGAAGGAAAGUUGUACUGCAAACUCCACUUUGCACAAAGGAAACCCUUAGUAAAGAAUGGAAGUACACAAAUUCUACACAAGACGUGUACUGACGACUCUAACGACGGCUCCAGCUGUAGUCCAGAGAGACGUGAGCAUCGACUCCAGGACGAGUCUCCAGGAAUCCUGUCCUCGCUGAAGAGAAGCCUGCGCCGGCCGCUGCACGUGAGCCAGACUGUGUGUGCUGUGCCUCGCCGUGUGUUUAACUGGCUGCACGGUAAAGUGUGGGCCACAGGAGUCCACCUGCGGGAUAAUGUCGAAGAUUACGCCUUCCUGUACGAACUGCUCAGUGUGAGUCUGCCUCUGCUCGCCGUUCUCCAUGAACAGCUGGUCCAGAUGUACGCAGAGGCCGAGCCGCUCAAUCUCCAGCCUCUGCAGCGCUGGUUAGAAGAGCACAUGCACCACUGGGUCUCAGUGUGAGAGAAGCAUCAUCAGGUCCCUUUAAAAGGGUUAAUAUGUAGAUGAAAAUGGCUGUGGAUAUUUAUUCAGGACUGAAAAAUACACAGAACAACCUUGAGAUCAAAAGUAGCAGAUGUUUAGAUGUUUUCAUGAACAAAGCGAUCUGAACGAGAGAUUCAUUUCCUGCUUUUUCAGAGAGUAGAAGUGAAAUGGCCUGGUUUGGAUUGUUAUUAAGGUUUGAGUAAAAAUAAAAAAAAGUGUCAAACACAGAGUGAACUUUAAGCACUUUAAUGAGUGAGCAGCCUUUAAAUGCACGAUGAAGAGUGACGUUCUGCUUUUAAUUAUUAAUGAACGUUCUUUGUUGAGACUACAAGUUUACAAAACCUGACCGAUCAAGCUGCAAACAUGAAUGUUAAACCAUUCAGGAACCUGUCACAUUCUUCUCGCAGGUUUACGCUUCUUAUGAAAAACAUACAGCAAUGGCUGUUAAAAGGAAUGUUCCGGGUUCAGCAGAAGCUAAUCUGUUGAUAGCAUCUGUGAAAAAUGUUGUCGACUACCACAAAAAAGAACUGCAUUUUGUCCUUCAUAUUGUUAAAACAAACAAGAAUUACAAUGGAAGUCUAUGGAACAAGAGAUUACAGAGGGUUUAAAGCAGAAAUGUGCAUCUGUAGAAAUUCAUCAGAACAAAAGUGUGUUGUUUGAGCUUUAAAAUUGUCAAAAAUGUGACAUUUUGUGUGGUUUUUACAUACUAGUCUAUUUUAACACAAUGUGUUGUCUUGUGGGUGCACUUUCAAAACAGCAUGAUCAUUUUAUAUUUAGUUAAAUCCUGUAUAUUGUCUGGUUAGGGUUAGGCUUCCAUAGGCUUUGUACUGUAAGUACAUUACUGUAAAUGUGAUUUUGUUUUGUGUUACUCUGUAUAUCACAGAUGUGGUCCAGAGAGCUUAAUUAAAGUUUAACUGUAAGCUCUAAGCUGAGAUAAGCUCUGUGCUCUUACACAUGUGGUGUAUAUGUAACUAGGGGUGCAUAUGAGGACAUUUUAGCAGAUAUAAAUAAUUAUUCAUAUUUAUAUUAAGUAAAAAUGUAGGGUGAUAUUACAUAUCAAUCAAUAUUUUUUGAGAUUAAUAAAAAAAAAAAUGCUCAUCUAAAAAAAAAUCCAGAUUUAAAUUUGGUGCAACAACAGCGAAAAAAGAAAUUAAAGAAAAUACAUACACGUAACAUAUUAUAAACCAUUGGAAUAAAUAAAUGAUCCUAUGGUCAUUUGGCCAUAAUUUAUCAAUCAAUUAUAGGCCUAUCAGCUUAUUUUGCAUACUGGAUCGAUACAGAUAACAUGAAAAAGUCACAUUUACUUGCUAACAUGACUCUAGAGAUCAUGCAUCCCUCUAUAACAAAGAGCAAACAUGUAAGCAUAAUAUUUUGUUCUCAGGCUUAUUUGUAUAGUUCUCAUGCAGAGCCACUCAACGGUUCCAAAUGCACAUAAUUUAAUGUCAUCUGUUUACUCCUGUAGUCUCAAUCAUCCGCCAGUUUUGUAUCACUCAGAUUCCUGUCACAUUACAUGCACCAUCAAACUACUAAUGCACCAGUAAAGUAGCUUUGGUUUGAAUGAAAGACUUACGGAGUCGUGGCAGAAACACUAGUUGGCAGUCUUGUAAACCUCCUCUCAUUUGAUUCACUGGACUGUUACUGUGGUUUCUUUUAAUGUCAUUUGCUACCUAUAAUGUACUGUCUGAGGGCUGGGUAAUUCUGUACUUACAGAAUUUACAGAAACACAUUUAAGUGCAAUUAAAAUGCACUUUUUUUCUUCCAGUCGGAACUUACUGAGAAGAAUUAACAAUAACGAAACAUGCUUUUUGUUGACACUGGAAGACGAUUGUUAGAUUUCGAUCUGUUUAUUUGUAUGAAUAGUGAUUGCAGAUUGAUCAUCAAAUGAUAUGAAUGAAAAUAAAGCAUGGAUAAUACAUUUUUUGUGCAUUAUCAGCUCAUUUCGAAUCACUGUUUACAGCCUGCAUUUUAAUACGAUUCACUUCUUAUGUGUGUUUCUCCUUUUUUUAUUCACUUGUAGUCCUUUUCGACCUCUCCACUGUGACUUGCUGUGAGCAAUGUUGAUCCAAAGGUGAUCUUCUGCAAGUGUCUUUAACCUUCAAAGGAAAUGCACGCUGCAUGACACUAACCGUCUGCCUCUGGUUCUUUCAUCUGCACGUCACGUCUGACAUCCUUCUCUUUUCUCCUUUCUCCAAGGCUUAUUAAUUACUUGCUCAUGCAGCCUCUGUCUUUUCUUCAUUUCUUUCUCUUUCAGAGGUGGGUUGCUUUACAUAAACCUACACGCAGGUGCCCGUGUGCCUCUAUGAAAGCAGAUCAUUAGGUCUUUAAGCAGCACCUUUUAUUGGACAUGUUGUAAAACUGUUUGAAGUUUUCCAUUUGAAACAUUUGUUGUUGCCUUAUUUAUGUUAAGCCAUGCUCUUGCAAUAAAAGAAAGAUCAAAGUC